AUGGCUGCAGAUAAUUUCAGGUCAAUUUCCAUUGCUUGCUCUUCCCCGGCAGUAUACACCGUGUUGGGCGUAGUUGUUGACACUCUACCAAUCUUUCGAACGAAGGGCUCUUCAAAAUGCGUCACCUUCACUAUCAAAGACUCCCAUUUCGAUCUACCAAGCUGGUCAGGCGGUCUCAAAGUCAAAUACUUCAGUGAUGAUGAUAGUCAUAUUCCCAAUGUUAAAAUCGAUGAUGUGGUCCUUCUACGGAACAUAAAGGUUGCCAUAUUUCAAAACAAACCUACAGGGAUUUCUGGCCAAAAUCAAAGUGUUUCCUGGAUUAUAUGUCGGCCAGAGUCAACCCCAAAUUCCAACCCAUUUGUCAUCAGCACUGGUCCUGUUCCCUUUGAACCGACCUUGUGGGAGCAGCACCAGGCACAAUCACUCUUGGAUCGCGUAUCUGCCAAGGGAAGCUCUGUGCAACAGCCCACGCCGCACAGUGUACCUGGUCCCAGACAGAUUACUCAUGUCCAAGCCUCUCGUCCAGCUGCCAAAGUUGGUCUACCAUUUUGCCUGAUCAAAGAUGCAGAGCCUCAUCGCUUGUACAAGUUGCUUGGUCAGGUUGUAAAGCUCAACACCUAUGACAGCGAGAAAACUCUGCUGUACAUAACCGAUUACACGGAGAACCCACUGCUUCCCGAUAAGAGGAAACCUGGAGAAGAAGAUGACACAGGCAUGGAGGGUGACCGAUAUAGUUACCUUGGAAGGAAAAAUGACUGGCCUGGCCCUUGGGGCAGAUUAACCAUUCAAGUGGCCUUGUGGGAACCACAUGCUGGCUAUGCUCGCGAACACAUCUCCAAAGACGAUCUUGUCCUGUUAACCUAUGUUCGGAUGAAACAAAGUCGCGAUUUGGAAGCUUCCGUUCAUCAAGACAGAAUAUACCCAGAGAAGAUUCAUGUCCAGGUCUUUAGGGACAAAAAUGACGAACGUGUACAAGCAUUAAUGGCUCGCCGGGCAGAAUAUUGGGAAAUCCACGGAGAACCCAAGAAAGAUACCAAAAAGACCAAAAAGAAAUCACAGGCGCAAAAAAAAGAAGCUUGUAAAGAGGAAGGUCAGCUCACACUGCCAGCAGCGACCCGGACCAAAAUGAAUCCGCAUGUCAAAACGAAAGCUUACACAGCGCCCGUUUUCCCCCUUGAAAAGAUUCUUCUAGCAGAAACUCACAAAAACAAUGGCCCGGGGGGUGUUGUCUAUCAGCUUCCAUUUCAAAACGUCACCUACCGUUCUCAGAUUAAGGUGAUCGAUUUCUUUCCUUCAAAAGUGGAAGAUUUCACUGUCCAAACCACUCAUGCCCCUUUGUUCAACACGGACAAUAGCCCUGCGGAGCCGAGGUAUGGCUGGGAAUGGCGUUUUUGCCUACUUGUGGAAGGAAUUGGCUCCAAGUCAUCCAAUCAACAAGCCCGGGAGCCCGUGAAGAUAUAUGUAUUCGGCGAGGGGGGUGAACAUCUCCUUGAUCGAUCCGCAUCCGACCUCCGCGGAAACCCUAAAGAACUGUCUCUGAUCAAGGAUAGGCUUUUCCACCUCUGGGGUGAUCUUGAAGAGCAAAAGUCACAAGCUAUAGCUUCUGGCAACCAAAAUUGGGAGGCAGUGAAGUCGGUACCAUUUAACUGCUGCAUCAAAGAAUAUGGGGUGCCGUGCACUCAUGUCAAGGACUCCAAUGCAAUGGAUAUUGAUGAUGAGUUAUGCAGUCACACUGACUGCUUUGGAUGGGAGAGACGAUUCGCCAUUUUCGACACAAUUAUCCAUGCUCCAUGA